AUGGCCGGCUUCACAUUCACCACCUCCAGCCCUAGCAUCAUGAACUUCGGCCGCAGCGGCUACAACAAGGACGGCGACAACGAGGACGACGGCAUGCGCCUCAACUUCGGCCGCUCAGGCUACAACAAGGACGGCGACAACGAGGAUGACGGCUUUCGCCUCUCCGGCCGCUCAGGCUACAACAAGGACGGCGAUGACGAGACCGACAAGGGCCGCAGCGGCUACAACUGA